AUUUAAUCGGAACUAAAUUAUCAAUACCUUGACGUUUGGUCGGCCGUUCCUCUCGUCAGCAAACGGCGAGGAGAAAUCGCGCAAUUUGCGCACUGAAAUCGUCACCAUCCAUUUCUGGCAUCGGUUGUGCAGUGAAAGGUAGCAACGGAGUACCUCCAGCGAAAGAUAUCUGUGCUCUACAGACGAGCGAGUGCGCUGCCAAGUGAUUCGUUACCAGGCACGUAAAUCAGUGAAACAAUGGCCAGCAACGAACAGAAGGCGCAGCAGUUGAUAGCCGAGGCGGAGAAGAAGCUCACCUCGUCAAAGGGCUUCUUUGGCAGUUUAUUCGGUGGAUCUGCAAAAGUAGAAGAUGCAGUUGAAUGUUAUCAACGCGCGGCGAACUUGUUCAAGAUGGCCAAGAAUUGGACGGCUGCAGGAAGCGCUUUCUGUGAGGCUGCCAAUUUGCAUUCGAAGGCUGGGUCUCGCCACGACGCGGCCACUAAUUACGUUGAUGCUGCCAAUUGUUACAAGAAGAGUGAUGUUGAUGAGGCUGUCAAUUGUUUGAUACGUUCUAUCGAAAUUUACACUGACAUGGGCCGCUUUACAAUGGCAGCCAAACACCAUCAGACUAUCGCCGAGAUGUAUGAGGCUGACAGCGUCAACUUGGAGCGUGCAGUCCAGCACUACGAACAGGCGGCGGACUACUUCCGCGGGGAGGAGAACAACUCCUCCGCAAAUAAGUGCCUCCUGAAGGUGGCUCAAUACGCUGCCCAACUGGAGAACUACGACAAAGCCAUCUCCAUUUAUCAGCAGGUUGCGCAGGCGUCGCUUGAAUCAUCACUGCUUAAAUACAGCGCCAAGGAGUACCUCUUCCGUGCCGCACUCUGCCACCUCUGUGUGGACGUGCUGAAUGCGCAGCACGCAAUGGAGAAGUUCGUCCAGAUGUAUCCUGCUUUCCAGGACGCGCGCGAGUACAAGCUGCUUCAGACACUUGUAGAGCACAUGGAAGAGCAAAACGUCGAUGGUUUCACCGAGGCAGUCAAGGACUACGAUUCCAUCUCGCGCCUCGACCAGUGGUACACGAUGAUCCUGCUACGCAUCAAGAAGACGCUCAACGACAACCCCGACCUGCGCUGAGCGCCGCCCAUCGCCCACCACGUCUACGUCUCUAGUCAGGUGCAAUUGAAUCGUUUCGCAUGGCGCUCCGUAUUUGUUAUUGUUGCGGUUUUGUUUUCUCUUCAACCUAACCUCUAAGCAACACUGGUUGCGUACGUUAAGUUUGGUUAUCGAUUCGGUUAAAGCACAUUCCUUUUACUCUUAAGUCUUCAGUUAAAAAAGAAAACAUGCCGGACACGCGAGACGGACGAAACUUGUUGUCAUAUUUGUAGCUUCGUAAGUAAUCAGUAGGUUUAUACACACAACAACAUACUCUCACACACACGAUGACGACGACGAUUUAUCUACUAUUCAGAUUGUAACAUAACCAAACUCUAAAGCUAAUUCUUAGCGUAAAAACGCAUGUAAACAAGGCAAACUAAACAGAAUUCAUAAUGUAAACGGUAAGCGCUAUCUCACUAUCGGCAUAAUCAGUCGGUGUGUGGCCGACGCAGGCAUGUCCGCAGUCUUGCAAUGUUAGAUAAUAAAACUAAGACGGAGGGGUUUUUUCGCGAACGGGUUCGUGCUGAGUAAGGAUGCAUACAUAUGUGUUGGUUUUUAAAUAUUAUGUACGGUAUAGGUGACAAGGAAAACAACAAUUACAACUCUUAUUAUUAAGAUAUGAUUACGAAUAUUACAAUUAUCAAACUUAAUUAAUAUAUCGUUAAUUGAAGAAA